GCUUAAAGCCUCCGGCCGUUGGAGCAGCGCAACCGGACGGAUUUCCUCUCGGAACGCGGUUUCCGCGAGCGCUGGUUUCCUGCCGGAGCCGGCCCGGCGGCCGCCUCCCCUCCUGCGCAGGCGCAGUGCUUCCUCAGGGCAUGGAAGUGGUGGGUCUGCUGCUGUGUUUGGCGGCGGUGGUCCUGGCAUGGGGCUUCCUCUGGGUUUGGGACUCCUGGGAGCGAAUGAAGAGUCCGGAGCAGGCUGGCCUGCCGGGAGCCGGAAGCCGGACUCUGUUGGUGACCGCGCACCCCGACGAUGAAGCCAUGUUCUUUGCUCCCACCGUUCUAGGCUUGGCCCGCCUGCGGCACCAGGUGUCCCUGCUCUGCUUCUCCUCAGGAAAUUACUACAAUCAAGGGGAGAUUCGUAAGAAGGAACUUUUGCAGAGCUGUGAUGUUUUGGGGAUUCCACCCUCCAACGUAAUGAUUAUUGACAACAGGGAUUUCCCAGAUGACCCCGGCGUGCGGUGGGACACCGAGCGGGUGGCCGACGUCCUCCUCCGGCACGUGGAAGCCGACCGCAUCAACCUGGUGGUGACCUUCGACGCGGGGGGUGUGAGCGGCCACAGCAACCACGCCGCUCUGUACGCGGCUGCCAGGACCCUGCACGCAGAAGGGAAGUUACCUAAAGGGUGCUCGGUGCUCACGCUCCGGUCUGUGAACCUGCUGCGCAAGUACCUCUCACUGCUGGACCUGCCCUGCUCCCUGCUGCUCGCCCGCGACGCCCUCUUCGUGCUCAGCCGCCGAGAGGUGGCCCAGGCCCAGGAAACCCUCGGGAGGCCUCAGAAGCCGGCUCGCAGCCUCCUGGACCUCAUUCAGCACGAGGGCCCACCGGUGACACGCAGACCCCGUCCCAUAGUGUCCACACGUCCACCUGCCUGACCCCCACCCCGCUGGCCGCUGCAGCGCGUGGUCCAUCGUCAUGACGCUUGCUAUACGCUCACCCUCCCUGCUCGUUUCUUCUGUCUUCCUGCCCAAUGAGAAAUCACCAGUGUCCACCACGUGACAAACCUAACGGUUACUUCUCCUGACCCCUGGAUUCUCGUCCCUCUGAACCUGGCCCCCAGUAACACUCCCUCCGUUCUGAGGACACCCCGCCCUGCAGGCUCUUCCUCCCUCCCCACCGGCCGUCCUUCCGGGCCCCCUCCGCUCCGCUCCGCUCCCUGUACGUGCUGGGUCCCGGGCCCCCGCGUGUUUGGCUGCACCGUCUGCCCAGCUGCCCUCACCCCACGACUCCAGACACACGUGCGUGCGGCUGCCCGCCCCCUGGCUCCGCCUCUGUCGGCGCCCACGACGCUUCACCUCAACCUUCUCAAGAAGGAUCUGAGUCCAGCACCCUCCGCGCCGGCCUCUCCCCCAGGACCUGACGUCUCCAGGCGACCGGCCGCUCGGAGGCCCAACCUCCUCCGCUCUUCACACCCCGUCCUUCCUCUCGAGCAGCGGCUCUCAGCGUGUGGUCCCAGAACCAGCCGCGUCACCGUCACCUGAGAACUUGCGAGAAACGUCCAUCAUGUGCCCACCCCGCCCCCCAAGACCUGCACAGUCAGGAGGGGGCCCAGCGACUUGUCUAACGAGCCCUCCGGUGGCCGUGCACACCCUGGACUCCGAGAACCACCCGCUCCAAAACACACCUCCAAUGACCACUGUCUGCCCGUCCCCACGACUGCCACCCUCUCCCGGCCGCCCCCCGCCUCCGUACUCACCUCCUCACCAUCCGCUCUGCACGCGGCGGCCACCGCGUGCUUUCCCAACACUGAAGCACGUCUCGUCCCCGCCCCGCUUAAAACCCUCCCCAGGCUUCUCUCUCCAGAGGACAAAACCUGCCUCCUCAUCCGCUCCGGCCUCUCUCCAGCCCCAGCUCGGUCCGCUGGUUCACCUCCACCCUGCGGCCACCCUCCGGCCACGAGGGCCACCGUGCAGCUCCUCGGACAUGCCGAGCGGCCCCCCGGCGCCGUGCCCGCCCCGUGCCCAGGACCCCCACGCCUCGGCCAUCGAAGCGCCAGCGGGGCCUGCCUAGCCGCCAAGACUCGCCACCGGCCAGCCUCCGUCCCGCUGCCCCGCUCUGACCCUCCACAGGGCACUUCCGGGCCUCGUCCUGUUCCUCUGUCUCCCCCAUGAGGCGUGAGAUCCCAGGGACAAGGGCCUUGUCUGCCACGACAGCUGCGGGGUUUCAGUGGAACGGAGCCUGGCACACAGCAGCUGCCCCAUAAACACUGCUGAAUCAAGAAAGGAGGUUUGUACUUAAAGAACAAACGGAAAACUGCUCUCUCCUUCACCAGGCCAGGCGGAAGAAGAGAGCGGUGCUCGAGACGCCAGGGCGACGCCGGAGCAGGUCCACGGGGGUGGGAUGGCGGGGCGCUGCCAACUCCGAGGCCGCGAGCCCCCGGCCGCCCGCGUGUCUUCGGGAGCCGCCUGUCUUGCGGGGCUGGGGCCACAGCCUCCAGCUGGCCCCCGAGGGGGGCUCGCGGGAAAGACGAGGGCAGAUCCGCUGCCCGCCGGCGCUCCCACCCCGACCGGACGCCCACCCCAGGAUCGAGGGCAGACACAGACAAGGAGCCACCCUGGCCCGAAGCGUCUGGAAUUAAAUCUCAGCUUUUCCUCCCACUCACUGAGGGGCCACUGGAUGCCGAGGCCCCGGGGCCAGGAGCGCAGACUCGACCAAAGGUGGUUCCGGGAAGCCCUCCCGACCCGCCACGCACAGCGCACUACGCCCAAGGCGAGGCGUCUGUCGGGCCCCAUUGGGGCAACGGGAGCGGAGGACCGGCCAGAGCCCCGCCCCGCCCCGCCCCCCGGAGCAAAGCAUGCCGAAGCCUUUCUUAAAAGUUUGUGUUCUCUGACCGGAGAUUUUACUUCCAGGAGAAUUGAUCCAAAGAAAUAAUGUCUAAACUAUCAAAGAUUUAUACACAGGGAGGUUUACGACAGCACUGCACUCAACCUAGAAGUUCAAACGUAGAAGGUCGCUCGUGGUACAUUCACGCAACGAAAUAUGCUACAGACACAGCAAGAAGCGUAUAAGUAAACUACGAAACAGUUGUCGGCGCGGGGAGAGGCCAGGGGCCUGAGGGCCAGUGGAGGGGAGGCCUUUCACCGUGUAUGUAUCUACUCUGUACUUUGCAAAUCCGGUACCAAGCACAAAAAAUUCCCCCAAAUACUAAAGUUAAAAAUCUUUUCAAUCAUUUAUUUUUCAUCGGGAAAUGAUAAAAGUCAGUUAUAAAGCAGAUAAAAAGGUAAAAUUCUACCCUGAUAAAAACAUACACGAUUUAUUUAGAUGUAUUCAUCCCCGUCCAAAAUAACACGCAAGGAUAUUCAGCAGAACACAACCAGCGGUUACCUUUGAUUGACAGGAUUUGGGUGAUCUUAUUUAUUUUUGAUUCUCUGUGUUUGUACAUGUUUCCACUGUAGUAUCAAAUAUAUAUCCAAAAAUACUGGCUUGGCCAAAAAGUUCGUUCAGGUUUUUCCAUAACAUCUCACGGAAAAACUCAAACUUUUUGGCCAACCCAAUAUAAAGGGGGGAAUGAAAGCUGGGUGACAGGGGAAAGCAUACGGCCCGGGAGGCCCCCUUGCGCCUGGCACCCUGUAAGCCCCACUCACAACACUCACCUUGAGGAGCUUGAAGCGAGAGGCCGGAACAAUGAAGUGUCUAUUCUGCUUCUUCUUGCAAAUGC